AUGGGCUUUUCAUCACCAUCAGUAGCUGAUGGUCAAAAAUUGUAUCACGUGGUAUCCCUGCUUAGCGAUGACUUUUUGCGUUUUAACUCGGUGGACAGCAUAGAACGCGACUUAUUGACCAACGCAGCUAACUUAUUCGCCAAUGGUGUCAGGAUAUUUACUGUAUAUGAUUGGCGUGGAAUCAUUCGACUCCAUUUCCUGAACACCUAUGGCAACUGCCGUCGCAGACAGGUUAGAAACGUGACAGAGUACAAAACAUUGUCGUUUCAAGCCCCCAACUAUUUCGAUUUAUCACGUGAAUUCGAAAUUACAGACAAUUCUAUAUUAGAGUACAAAGGUGUCUAUUUUUUGGAAAUCGAAGAUUCGGGACUUCUGCUGUCGCAACAUGAUAGAUCGCAACAUUCGUCGGCUGCUGGGAUCCAAAUCUGCUUUAUGGACCGAAGUCAUGCUCAUACACGAAUAUUAAACUCAUCAACAUGCUCAUAUCCGUUGCCCACUAAAUGGAUAAUGUGUCAUGCUGCAGUUGUUUCUGGCAAGGCGGUUGAGUAUUGUAUCCCUACAGAGGAUCACAUAAACCAGCCUCAUAUGCAAAAUCAGUUAUAUUUGAUAGAUGAUAUAGAGUUAACUUCACCCGAUUUAGUCAUUUCAGUACAAUGCAGAAUUCGAGAUGUACUAUGUUUCUUCCUCGUAUUCAUAUAUGUUCGAUGGGUUCUGUUGUUUACUUGGCUUUUUCCAUUACUAUUUACAAGGCCUAUGGCAUAUCCGCCAUUAGGGCUACGUUUCAUCCUGCGAAGCAUUGUUACGCGUAUUGGUAAUACCUGUUUCCUAGGGAAAUCGAUGGUUCACCAGUUUGGGCCAUGUGGCGCACCUCCAUGGUUCCUUUCAAUGGCGGAGCUACACCAAUGUUUUGGUUUUUCUUCAGUGGCUAUUGAGAAUUGUAUAUCUGGCUAUCGUUUGUGUGAGAAGCGUAAUGGUAAAUGA